AUGGGCGAUUCCCAACAGAAAUCCUUUGGCUACGAAUGGCGCUCUUCCAAAUGGUUUAUAAUUUCUACUGUCACUCUUGCCUUGUUUGGUGAAACCUUCCUAUACGCAUUUAUUGUCCCUAUUUUAGACUACAUGCUACGGAAUCGCCUGCAUAUCGAUCGCUCACAGUCUCAGAAAGUUACCUCGACAGUACUCGGCCUCCAUGGCGCUAUCUCUGUCGUCGCUGGCCCCAUCAUCGGCCAUUUCGCCGAUAAAACCCCAAACCGCAAGGCACCAUUGUUGCUAUCUCUUAUUACCUGUAUCAUAGGCACCGUCAUGAUUGCUAGCACCCAUUCGAUUCCGAUCCUCUUAAUAGGCCGCGUCCUGCAGGCAGUUGCGGGUUCCGCAGUAUGGAUCAUCGGCUAUGCAACUAUCGCAGAUACCGCGGAUCAGGCGAAUCUCGGCAUAAUAAUGGGUAUUGCAAUGUCCUUUGUCAACUUGGGAGUCAUCGGUGGGCCCGCAAUCUCCGGAUUAUUACUAGAAGUAGCGGGAUAUUGGAUAACUUGGAUGGCGCCGCUUCUCAUUUUGGGUAUCGAUCUCGUCGCGCGCCUUUUGAUGAUUGAGAGUCCUUCGAAGAGUUUCUCUCAGCCUGAUACGAAAUCCACAAAAACAACACAGACGGCAGACUUAACAGAGACUACGGGUCUGCUGGUCCCGCGUGGCGAUCCUCAGGAUCCACCCACCGCUGCAGGUGGCUUUUGGCACAUUAUGUUAUACGAUGCUCGCGUCCUGACAGUUCUGCUCAUUCAGAUAAUGAGCGCAACGGUGGGAACGUGUUUCAAUGCGACUAUUCCGCUUCAUGUACAGGAAACCUUUGGAUGGGGUCCUAGUAAGAUUGGAUUCUUGUUUUCCUGCUUGAUCCUGCCUAGUCUCAUAGUCGGUCCGCUGGCAGGCUGGAUUAGGGACCGUAUCGGAACACGAUAUCCUGCCGCGAUUUCCUUGGUUCUUCAGGCGGCGGUGAUGGUAUUACUAGGUAUUGCUGGAAAUGAGCGAAUCUCCUGGACGAGUGCUCAGAACUAUGGCGGAACACUUUACAUAGCAUCUAUCGUGGCUAUGGGUGCAUUGCGUCCGUUUAUGGCUGGCUUGGGGCCUAUUGAAUUGACUGCCGCUGUCAAAGCACACCAAGAAAAGACGCCAGGUAUCUUUGGGCCCGAGGGGGGUCUCUCUCGGGUGUUUGCUAUGAUGGAGGCUGCUGCUUCCAUUGGGAUGACAGUUGGCCCAAUUGUGGGUGGUUCGCUCAAGGAAUUAUUUGGCUAUGACUACAUGAGCUGGACUUGGAGUCUGCUUUAUCUUUUCCUUGCUGGGCUUGUAAUGUGUUUCCUAGGAUCCGAGGAUCCCAAUGAAAUGCCUCCUGCUGAUGGAGACUGCUAG